AGUAGCAUCCUCCUCUGUAUAAAUCCUUGUACAAUGAUUUUGGAAUAAUAUGAGAAAAUACAUCUCCUAUAUGGUAUCAGAGCUUGUUCUUUAAAACAGAUUUUUUUCUUUAUCACUAAAAGGGCUCCCCUGUGUUUCUUUCCGGUUGCAAACCGAUGACUUCUGCAGAUUCUGCUCCCUCCUUCAUCCGUAUAUCUGCUGCUAAACAUUUCCCAAUCAAGCUCACGAAGACAAACUAUCUCGUUUGGCGUCAUCAGGAUGCCAUACUUCUCAGCGCUCUCCUUGGCAGUUGCACAGAUGCUGUCCAGCCUGUGAUAUCUCUAGCGGAAACAUCAGCCAAUGUCUGGUCUCGGCUGGCCGCGAGUCUCACCAAUAUGUCCCGUGGGCAUAUUAUUUCUCUCAAGUCCCAGUUGGCGAAGAAUCCCCGCCGGAACCGCACCAUUGAAGCCUUUAUUGCAGAUAUGACGACGAUUGCGUCCAACCUUGCUUUAGCUGGUAGCCUUGUCACUGAUGAAGAUCUUGCAGUUCAUAUUAUGUCUCAACUUGGCGAUGAAUACUCUUCGGUCUAUCAGUCAUUGAGGGGGCGGAAUGAUGAUAUUUCCCUUGAUGAGCUCUCCACGAUUUUGAAGGAUUGUGAACGUGAGAUUCAUGAUCACUCUGCUGCCUUGUUUGACCUAGUUCCUGCAGCCAAUCAUGCCCAACGUAUGCGUGGCAGUGAUCAUCGUGGUUGUACUUUCGGCCGUGGCGGUCAAUCUGGUGCCUCUCGCAGCGGCAUGCGUGGACGUGGUUCUUCUAAUCCUACACGUGGUGGCCGAUACUGUCAAUUUUGUGACUAUCCAGGUCAUGAUACGAAGUUUUGUCAUAAACUUCAACGUUUCUUGAAGGAGCAUAAUGUUUCCAUUGGCUCUGCACCGCUCGCUACUCCAACGGCUCACAUGACUGUCUCACCCGGAGGUUGCGACGAGAGUGAAUCUCCGUGGAUUAUUGAUAGUGGUGCUUCACAUCAUGUUGUCGGUGAUCCUUCCUCGCUCACCACUCUCAUGGAUUAUGGCGGCCCAGAUGAAGGUUGGGAAGACAUCUCGAUGGACUUUAUUAUAGGGUUGCCGCCUUCUCGGGGAUUCACUGUCAUCAUGGUCAUCAUGGACCGAUUGAGUAAAAUGGUACAUUUGGGGACUUUGCUGAUAGGUUUUGAUGCCCACCAAACAACUCACCUCUUCAUCGACAUAGUGGUCAAGUUACAUGGUUUUCACAAAACCAUUUUGUCUGACCGUGAUCAGAUCUUCUUGAGCAACUUUUGGCAGGAAACCUUAAAGGCCAGCGGCACCACCUUGAAGUUGAACAUGGCUUUAUAUCCCCAAACUGAUGGCCAAACAGAGGUGAUGAACCGUGCGGUUGAACAAAACCUACGAGCAUUUUUGCAGGGAACACCAACGUGGUGGACUCUUUUAUUGCCAUGGGAUGAAUACGCCCUCAAUACUAAUGUGCAUGCAGGUCUCGACAUGACACCCUUCGAAGCAGUCUUUGGAUGACCUCCUCUGACAUUUCUACCCUACAAAGUUGAGGGGAGUAAGAUACUAGAAGUUGAUGCUUUAUUACGAGAGCGCGAUGCCUUACUUCGGCACUUGAAAGAACACCUACGGAAGGCGCAACAAUGCAUGAGACUGACUUCCAAUCAUCACCGCCGACAGAUGGAGUUUGAUAUAUGGGACUUGGUUUUGCUGAAAUUGCAGCCGUACCAGCAACAUUUGGUGGCACGUCGACGAUUGCAGAAAUUGGCCAGACGAUACUACGUUCCAU